GCUUCCAGACUCCGCGGCUGACCCGGACCAGAAGCCAGGAGCCUCGCCCUCCGCCGCACAGGGAGCAGGGGUCCUAGCAGUAACUUGUUCGCCGAGACCCCGCCACCUUCGCGAGCCCAGGGGCGCACCUUGCAAACUCUGCCUUCUGCACCUGCCACUGAACCCGCGCGAGCCUUGGACCGAGCCAUGGCCAAUGCGGGGCUGCAGCUGUUGGGCUUCAUCCUGGCUUCGCUGGGAUGGAUUGGCUCCAUCGUCAGCACUGCCCUACCCCAGUGGAAGAUUUACUCCUACGCUGGGGACAACAUUGUGACGGCUCAGGCCAUCUACGAGGGACUGUGGAUGUCCUGCGUUUCGCAAAGCACCGGACAGAUACAGUGCAAAGUCUUCGACUCCUUGCUGAAUCUGAACAGUACUUUGCAGGCGACCCGUGCCUUGAUGGUAAUCGGCAUCCUGCUGGGGCUGAUCGCCAUCUUCGUGUCCACCGUGGGCAUGAAGUGCAUGAAGUGUCUCGAGGACGACGAGGUGCAGAAGAUGUGGAUGGCUGUCAUUGGCGGCGGGAUCUUCCUCGUUUCAGGUCUGGCAACUUUAGUGGCCACAGCAUGGUAUGGAAACAGAAUUGUUCAGGAGUUCUAUGACCCCAUGACCCCCGUCAAUGCCAGGUAUGAAUUUGGCCAGGCCCUCUUCACUGGCUGGGCUGCUGCCUCCCUUUGCCUCCUGGGAGGUGCCCUACUUUCAUGCUCCUGUCCCCGGAAAACAACCUCUUACCCAACACCACGACCUUAUCCCAAGCCAACACCUUCUAGUGGGAAAGACUACGUGUGACAGAGGCAAAGGGAAGAGAUCCUGUCGGAACAAAUACAAAAUGGACAUUGAAACUAAUAUUGACAUUGAGGCCCUAAACUGUUAACUAUGGUUAUGUGAACUGUGGCAUAAGAAAAGGAAGCAUAUUUUUACAUCCCAGUGGCUAUGAGGGGCUUGGCUGUGCCUUACCAUCUUUCCUGAGUCCAGGAAGGAAGCCUUUUGCAUUUGAACUGCUGCUUCCCACUGAGUGAUCCUACUCAAAUGGGGAAGGGUGCUCCUUUAGUGUGUAUAAAUAUGUAUAUAUACAUAUUUUCUAUUAAAAAUAGACAGUUAAGAACCUCUUAUUUUCCUUAUACCAGUACCAGCAUACUGAAAAUGACUCUAGAGUAUAUACAAUUUCAUAUUGACUAAAUAAGCCUACUGAUGCAUUUUUCUUGUUCUCUGUGAACAUAUGUGAUCAGUCAAAUAUCUCCCCUUUGAUCAGCAGUUAGUAUCUUUGCAUAAGACCAAACUUCUUGUCGAAUCUGACUUCCUUUUCCAUGUUCCCAUGUGUAUUCUUUGCAACAACAUAUUUAAUUUUUUUAAGCUCUAACAAUGAUUGCUUUUUCUGCCUAGUACUUGGAGGUUUGUUUCUAGCUCCCAAAUCUAGUAGCGAAUUUCACAGCCCACACUUGAAGCUUAAAAUACGUACGAAUCACUUAACGCUUCCAUGUCUGGGCUGUGGGAGCAGAUCUGGACAGAUGCUGUUUUUCUGCUGAUCUUCCUUCACUGGCCUUGUACUUUGGUCUGGAGCCGUCUUGUUUGCUUUGAAAAUAUUUGUUUCACUGAGUGGCCGUACUGCGAACUCUGCUGUUGAAACAGUUUUAUUGAUUGCGUUUUCAGGUACUUAUUCUCCCUUCCAGAUCCUGCAAACUCUGUUCUUCUUCUUCUGCCCUCCUUGGCUAUCUUGGUUUCUCACAUAUAAUUAUCGUGUGGUUUAGCUCGUCUCUGAGAGGUGUGGUCUGUUUAUCUGCGCAAAGUGCUAGACUUGCAAGAGCGAUAAUAUGGUGACAGAUAUGCUCUCCUCUCCGUAACUGUGAGCAAUUUACUGUCUUUGUACCUCUUUUCCCAUCUGCCAAAUUGGGAUAAUUACACUUAACCAGCUGGUAGAGGUAAUGCGAGUAUUAAUUAGCUGAUAUGACUCUCAUUCUUUGAACAUGAAAUAUGCCUAAGUAGUGUUUUUCCUUGCUCAAUUAGCAGUUUCGAAGUCACCGAGGAAAAUCUACACACACGCCGUCACACUGCUCUGUAUCUUUUUUUUUUUUUUGUCAUGAGUCUACUUCCUCCCCUUCUGCUGUGCCUGGUCUCUUAGUGCUGUUUCACUUUGGCAAGCGCUCUUACUCUUCUAAUCUGUAGGAAAGGCCGGUCAGCAGAGCAGGAUGGCGUAAUAGAAAGGGUGUUGACAAUGACAUUUGGAGACCUGGAUUUGAGUCUCGGUGCUAUCACUUAAUGACUGACUCGGGCAAAGGCCCUUGGCUGCCCUAAAUGUAUUGCUACAUCUGUACAACGGGUUCAUUGACUCCUGCUGUGCCAGUGGCACAAGAUUCGCGAGGGGACACAUGCAAACACGGUUUUAUCAGGAGAAACAUGUGGCUCUGUAUUUGCUAAGGAAUUUAGGUUCACUGGUUUCAUGGUUAUUCUUCAAACAACUGGAAAGAGAAAAUUGUUAAUUGGGUUUCUUUCCUUCACAAGUCUCUCAAAUGAUGAGCUACUAAACUUCACUGAGUUAAACUGACCUUAAGCCUCUAAAACUCUUUGUGGUUUGAAACAGUGUCUGGGUCUGUGGCCCAAGCUGGCCAAGAACUCUGUGUCACCCAAAGAUCCUUGGGCAUCUGCUUCCCAGCUGUUGAAAUGACAGCUGCGAGCCCCAUCCCCCAUUACAUCUUUGUUCCGUCAGUCUGUGACUAAGCCAAUGAAAUGAAGGAACCUGGCAGUGUGGACACCAAAGAGGGAUGAGAUCCUCUUGGUGAAGCGAGCCUUGCAAAGUUGGAUGGAAGCUAGCAGUUCUGGGAGAGAGUAAGAACACUUCGUGGUAAAACCAGGCAGAGGAAGCUGUACAAAGGAUGGAGUCAUGUAGACUUGAAUUAUUUUAAGUUUUAUCAUAUUUCCAUGUGUAAAAGAAAUCAUACAAAGAUCUUUUAACAGAAUUAAGAUUCCUAAUGAUGGGUAAUGUAAAUGCAUACAAAUAACACUUGCCAAACCACACAGAGUUCUAUAUUCCAAAAUAAUCCCAUAGAAGUUUGAUGUCAGAACUUACCCAGUUUGGAUAUUUUUAUACCCUGCUACCAAACCUGGAAAGAGACCAAUUGAUAUUUGGGGAUUGCAGUGGGAAUUUGUACAA